GUCUCAUAAGUGUGACAGUAACAGUAAUUGUAGUUUGGGGAAGUUCUGAGACUUGGGAAUGCUUGGUAGUAUUCUCAUCCUACCCUCAAGUGUAACAUGCAUGCACCAACAGCAUAACUACUUGAGAGCAUGUUAGAAAUUUCAUUCUGGAUAUGGUAUCACAUCUGUAAUCCUAGCACUCUGGGAGGCAGAGGGAAGAGUAUUACAAGUUUCCCCAGCUUGGGCAAGGUAGCAAGACCCUGUCUCAAAAAAUAGGCUGAGAAUGUAGCCCUGUGUGAAGGCACUGUAUGCACACACACACACAGAGAGAGAGAGAGAGAGAGAGAGAGAGAGAGAGAGAGAGAGAGCAGGGUGAUGGGGGGAGAAGAGAAGAAAAAUCUCCAGCUCCAUCUCAGGUCUAGUGCAUCAUAAACUACAAAAUGCUCUGGUGAUUUGUGUGCAUGUGAGGGAAGUGCUAUGUCAAUGAUGUUUGUGUUUUAUGUUUUCAGUUACAAAGUUACAGCUUUUUAAAGACUUGGUAUAUAACUAUUUUUAGACUUCACUUUUUAGCCCCUAGUGGUUUUUUCUUUGUUUUGUUUUGUUUUUUGUUUUUUUUUUUUUAAUGGGGGAAAGUGUUCUGAUAAAGUGGUAGUUUUCAAAACAAAGCUCAGGUUUGGAAGUGAAGGAUGGUCUUGGGAUCAGGCAGCAUCUCAUUUCAGCCACCAGGUGACACUGCCGUUCCAGGGAUGUUGGUUCCCACCUGCCAAACACUGAUUGUGGUGCUGUGAUGAAGAGCAGCACCUGGCAGUGGACAGCUAUUGGUUGUCUGCCAUCAAAUGUUUGUAACUCCAACUACAUCUAUUUAGAUUCAGGACGUGGUGCUGAUGGCAGCCAAAUUCAAGAUUUACAGGCUAAGCCUCUGACCAGGAACUGCUGAGACAAUGAAUGUGUAAUCUGAGUGGUGUUUGAGGCUGAAGAAAUGGUGCUGCUGUAAUGUGUCUCAUAUCCUGGAGAAAGCACUGACUUAGGAAGCAUUCUCAGGAAGAUUUACAUUUCCUCCUUGCUUUGUCUUGAACACAGAACAAUGCCGAAGAAAGUGAAGCCUCCUGAGAAUGGGAAGGAAGAAGGUCCUGUUCCCAGGAAACAGGUGAAGGUGGAGGCUGUUGGUGGGGCUUCCACCUUAAACUUUGAUAGCCCCAGCAGUCUCUUUGAAAGUUUAAUCUCACCCAUCAAGACAGAGACUUUUUUCAAGGAAUUCUGGGAGAAGAAGCCCCUCCUCAUUCAGAGGGAUGACCCUGCACUAGCCACAUAUUACCAAUCUCUCUUCAAGCUCACAGAUUUGAAGAGUCUGUGCAGCCAGGGUUUGUACUACGGAAGAGAUGUGAAUGUCUGCCGCUGUGUCAAUGGGAAGAAAAAGGUUUUAAAUAAAGAUGGCAAAGUUCAUUUUCUUCAGCUGAGAAAAGAUUUUGACCAGAAAAAGGCAACAAUUCAGUUUCACCAACCUCAGAGAUUUAAGGAUGAGCUUUGGAGGGUCCAGGAGAAGCUAGAAUGUUACUUUGGCUCCUUGGUUGGGUCAAAUGUGUACAUAACCCCUGCAGGAUCUCAGGGCCUACCUCCCCAUUAUGAUGAUGUCGAGGUUUUCAUCCUGCAGCUGGAGGGAGAGAAGCACUGGCGGCUCUACCCGCCCACAGUGGCACUGGCGCGCGAGUACAGUGUGGAGUCUGAGGCCCGGCUUGGUGCGCCGACACAUGAGUUCAUAUUGAAGCCUGGUGAUUUGUUGUACUUUCCCAGAGGCACCAUUCAUCAGGCGGAUACUCCUCCAGGGCUCGCCCACUCUGCUCAUGUGACCAUCAGCACUUACCAGAACAAUUCAUGGGGAGAUUUCCUGUUGGACACCAUUUCAGGGCUUGUGUUUGACACUGCAAAGGAAGAUGUGGAGUUUCGGAGUGGAAUACCAUUGCAGCUGCUGAUGGUGGAAACAUCAGCUGUUGCAACAAGAUUAAGUGGCUUUCUGAGGACUCUUGCAGAACGGCUGGAGGGCACUAAAGAACUGCUUUCCUCAGACAUGAAGAAGGAUUUUGUUACACACAGACUGCCCCCUUACUAUGUAGGAGAUGGAACAGAGUUAUCAACACCAGGUGGCGCUUCCUGUUUACCUCUAGAUGGUGGAAAGUUACCGAGGUUGGACAGCAUAGUGAGACUGCAAUUUAAAGAACACAUCAUCCUCACAGUAGGGCCAGAUCAGAGUCAAUUCGAUGAAGCUCAAGAAAAGAUGGUUUAUGUUUAUCAUUCUCUAAGGAAUAGGAGAGACACACACAUGAUGGGAAAUGUGGAAACAGAGUCUCAUGGACUUCGCUUUCCUUUCUCACAUGUGGAUGCACUGAAACAAAUUUGGAACAGUUCGGCUAUUUCUGUCAAGAAUCUGAAACUAACUACAGAUGAGGAAAAAGAGAACUUGGUAUUAUCCCUCUGGACAGAAUGUUUAAUCGAAGUACUUUAGUGCCUUUCCAGAAGCAAAUAGGGAAGAUGGAAGUGCUAUGUAGUAUUGUUCUGAGUCCACCCACCAAGUAAGUACUGGCCAUAAACAUGACUGAAGAAGAGAGUAUCACCAUCCCUUACAAAGCAGCAUGUCUGUUAGAAAUACUUGUACUAAUGGGCACAUGGAAGAAAAAAAAGUAAAAUACUAGGUGUCCAGAAUGUGACCAAUCCAUGCUUUUGAAAGUUUAUUUAAUCCAGUGUGGUAGAAAAGGCACAACUCCAAUAAA